CAUGUCCUUCCCUCUGUCUGGAGUGCUUUUCCUCCUCUUUGUCCAUCUGGAGAACUCCUACUCAGUCUUCAAGAGCAGUUCAAGGCUCUGGGCAGGAGUCAGAAGACACAAAUUCUAGUCCUGGCCUUAACUUGAACAUACUAAUCUGUGAACUGAGGGGGUCAGACUAGAUAAUUUUGCAAAUCUUUUCCAACUCUGCCUUUCACAAAUUCAUUUCUUCGUUCCACAAACAUUUCCUGAACACUCACUCCAUGCCUGGGGAGUCAGGAAAGGCUCAGCUGAAUCUUGCAGGAUUCAGCAGGCCAGCGGUGCUGUGGGAGCACCAAAGAACUUCCUCACCCAAAGGGGAGCAACAGCUUCCCAGAGCAGGGGCGUUUGAGUAGGAGUUUGAUGGGGAUGGGCAGCUAUGGGAGCCCCUUUGUGCUUGAGUUUCCUAUCAGCAGAGUAGGAAGAUUAUGUCUUAGUUUUGGGAUUUCUAUUAGAGGCAAUAAGAUGCAGCUAUCUUGGGCUUAGCACCAAGUGGGGGAUUAGUGAAUUUUUACUGUAUUUGAGUGGAGGAAGAAGGUACCGCUAGGGGCUGAGGAUCUGUGUCCUGAUUUGGGUUUCCCUUCCCCUUCCUUCUUCUAGUUUUGCCUUAAUCUCCACUUAAGCGCUUCUGGGCCUUAAGGUUUGGUUCCCUAGGGGAGGUAGGUGCGGUGAGAGGCAGCUGGUCCCAGGGACUUCCUCAGUAACAGGAACCCCAUGUGUGUUGCACUAGCCCGAUGCCAGCAACAGGUGGACAUGUCAUUUCAUUUAAUUCUCACGAGGAGCGCCCAUCUCCAUUGCCUUAUCUCAUGAGGAGUGCCCAUCACAAGGCUCAGGCGGUGAAGUGGCCUUGUCCAGACCCACAUGGCCGACAGGAGUGGAGCCCAUGCCCUUCUGUUGCUAAGGCGCUCCCUGAUAGAGAGCUCACUGCAGGCCGAGCUGCCCCUCUAGCUGGCCAUUUGCUGAACCAGCGGUGUAAAUUGUGCCUCACCAGGGCCUCCUCACUCAGGACACGAAGAGGCCAGGGGCCCACUCUCUCCUUUAUUCUUCCCUCACACAGCUCCAAUGUGGCUGAGCACACAGAAGGGGCUUUAGGGGCUUAUCUGGCUCAACAUUCUUAGAAGAACAACAACAACAAAUCGAGACUCAGAUGGGCCAGGAUGUGGCCAAGGCCACACAGAAAACCAGGUGGUGGAGCUGGGGCUGCCCAGGAUCCCAAGUUGCAGAGGAUGAGGUGGGACUCUCUAGGCCCUGUCUGUUCUUCCUCCCUCUCUUGUCCAUCCAGCUCAUCCUCUCCAUCCCAACACGUCUCUCUGUCCAGACCAGGCUUGUGAGGCCUUGCCUGUACCGUUGCACAGCCUCAGAGAGCUCCUCACCGGUCCAUCCAUAAACCUGCCCAUGCCACUCUCCUGCUCUUCAACGGCUCCUCAUCUUCCCUAAGAUCCUAAGAUAAGGAUCCCUCUCCCUAACUAGGCUUUCAAGUCCCUUCUUGGCCUGGACUGCCCACCUGCAUCACUCCCUGUCCCCAACACCCACCAGACGCUCUAGCCAGCUUGGUGGAGGUCACCACAUGGGCUCUUUUGCACCUGGGCCUUUGUACAUGCUGACCUCCUUGCUUAUAUCACUCUCUCCCUUUUGCCUGAUGUUCACCCUUUAUGGCUAAAUAAGGCAUCACUUCUUCUGGGAAGCCUUGUUGGCCCAGGCAAGGUUAGGUCUCCUCGUGGCCCCUGUGGACUCUGGUUUCCCUCCAUCACACCUCUGAUGACACUGGGAUUAUAAUACUCAGUUUACCCCUAUGUCUAUUACAUCCAUGCCAGCACUGCCUGAUAGAAAUAUAACGUGAGCCAUAAAUGCAAGCUGCGUACGUAAUAUGAAAUUUUCUAGAAGCCAGGUUAAAAAAAUAAAAUGUGACAGGUAAAAUUAAUUUUAGUAGCUUAUUUUAUUUAGCUAGUUUAUCCAACAUACAUAAUUAAUAUAAAAAUAAAUGAGAUGUUGUGUGAGAUACCCUAAAUAUUCGUGAUAUUCUACAUCCUCUUUUGUACUAGUCUGUGGAAUCCAUAUAUACUACGGAUUACACUUCUAGCACCUCUCAAUUCAUUCUAGCCACGUUUCAAGUGCUCAGUAGCCACAUACAGCCACUACUUUGGACGGUGCAGGUGUGAGCUUCUUAAGGGCGGGAGCCCAACCCGAGUGCUCUGUCUGGGUCCUUAGUGCUCAGCUGUGCUUGGCCCAGUGAAGGGGCCACGUAGCAUUGUGGUUAAGGCCCUGGGCUGGGAGCUCGGCUUCACCAUUUAACAGCUGUGUUACAUUGGCCGAUCCCAUUGGGCCUCAGCUCCCUCAUCUAUAAAGUGAUGGUGAUAACAUUUUCAAUAUGGUUCAUACUGUUAAUAUAAACAGAUACAGUUUUAUAGGUCUUCACGGAUACACACCGAAGGGGAGGGAGGAAAAAUCGCUGGUCUGGUGAGUGCACAGGAUAUGUGGGGAGGAACCUUCUCCCUGGCCUCCUGCCCUGGUUGAUUUGGGGACUGUGCCCACACUCCCCCCUCCCAGAGCCCUGGUCCGCAGUGGGGUCACACACUGGUCUAAUGCUGGUGGCUCCGGGGACUGAAGGCUUUUGAGCUAGUGAGGGGGGAAGGGGAGGGGAGGAGUUACAGUGUGCAUGGGGAUGAUGGUCUGUAGACUGGCUGAGGAUUCAUUGCCCGUUUGGUCAGGGGAUGGGGAAGCAGGGGUGUGGUAGGGUGGGCAUAGGGCCAGGCUGUGGCAAGUGAUCCUUACUGCUGCCAACCGACCCCUGCGGCCCGGGAGCUGUGCGUGUGCUAGUAGGCCCCCUGGUUUUCUGCCGGGCCAGCAGCUGGGGUCUGAGUCUGCUUAGACCUCGUAGACCUAUAUGGAGUCAGAUAAGCCUGGCUGCUGCCCCUCUUCUCUCUCCUCACACAUCUCUUUCUCUGUCUCUCUCUCUCUUUAUGGCUUACCAGGGCUCACCCAGUCUGGGGUGGAGGGAGGGGCAGUAGUUAUUGAAUUGGGCUCUGCUGCCCCCUCUAGACUGAGAGCAGGGAACUUUGCCACCUCACUUGUGUCCCCUGUGCUGGCACAGGGCUGAGGGCAGACAAGACCUCAUCUUGGAGAGCUGGCUGAGCCAAUGAGUGAGGCAAAGCAGUGUCUGAAAUACUGCAAUGGCCACAGGGCAGCAGGAAUUCGUAGGAGGCUGGAGUCUGUAAAUCUGCGCGGAGGUGGGCCUGGGACCGGACUGAAAAGCACAAGCAGGAUCUGGACAAGAGAAGAGGAAGAAGCAGGGGGUUGUGGGGUGGGCAGUGCCCAUGGAUCAGAUAUUAGUGGUAGGAAGAGCUAACAUUUAUUGAGCACUUAGGGUAUACAGUAUGUGCAUCUCACUGACUCUCAUGGUGUCUCCACGAGGGUGGACAGGUGAGGAAGCUGAGGUUUGGUGGGUGACAAAACUUGCUCAGGGUCAUACAACUGAGAGCCAGAGCCGACCGCAGCCCUGGCUAGUUGGCUCCAGUGCCUGCCUUCCUAACCGGACAUCGGCAGUGGUGGCCAGCUCCCAAUUUACCCAGGCCCAGCAUCUUCUAGCCGUGUGGGGUGUGGUCCCCGAUCUAGUGCCUUGGAGAGAGCCUCAGACUGGGGCAGGGGUCCCCUGGGGCUGAGUGCCUGCCACGUACCUGCACUUGUAAUUGCUGCAGCAGUGACAGCAGCACCGCAUCACCCAGGAGGUAUCAGGUGCUUCACAUCUGUCACCUUGCUGACUGCUCCCGGAUGCUGUGGGUUUAGAUGUAUUAUCUGCCUUGUAAGGUGAGGAAAUAGGCCUAGGGGGGGGGGUCAGAGCCACUAAGUGGUGGAGAGGGAUUCAAACUGGGGUCUGUGGGACUCUAGAGUCAGCAUACCUGAGCUAUGGCCUGUCACAUCAUCCCAGAGAUGUUUGCUGAGUGCCUUUCUGUAAAGAGAACUCCAGAGACCAGCCCAGAGACCAGCUAGGUCCAUGGGCUGCUAAAGAUGGAACCCUGCAUCUUCCUCAUGGCCUGAGGCCAUCCCCAAUGCCCCACCCCUGCUGCUCUAGGGGGCUAUGCAGUGCUCGGGAGUGGUCCCUUGCAGGUGGCAGCAGGCUCUGGUGAGGCCAGCUGAGAGUGCAAACAUCAGGAAGGGACUUGGAAGGGAUGGCAGCAGCACCAUUCACUGAUGCCUGCCCUACGCCUGGCUCCACCCAGACACUGAGAGUGGCUCACAGCCCUACAUGGGAGAAAGACACCUUCACGUAUUCACAGCCCAACCCAACUCAUACCCUGGGGGAACAGUGAUGGAGGGUCCUGGGGCAGCUCAGAGUCUUCCCAGGGGACACAUCACUGGUGUUAGUUCUUAGAGAAGUUGCUAACUGCACAAGAGAGGGAGAGGGCUUCCAGGCAGAAGGAACAGCAUGUGCAAAGGCCUGGAGAGAGGAACUUCUAGACAGACCUGUAUGACUGGGGUGUGGGUGCUGGAAGAGAGACAGGGUCAAGCCCUGAACACCCUAGAACAGCAAGCCGAAGAGCUGGGAUGUGCCCCGCUGCUGCUGGCCCACCAUGGCCUGUGGCUCUGGACGAGAUACAGGGCCUGUCAGCCCCGCCUGUGCCAGGGCAGCAAGAGCUCCACAAAGUCCUGGCCAACGCCUGCAAGUCACAGUUCCUCCUGGGCCACAGAUUCCCCUUCUGUGAAGUGGGUGUCCGGUGCUCAGAGCCAGGACUGGCACCAUGGCCCGGAGCAGGGCACUGCUGUUCCUGUUGCUGUUGCCAUCGCAGCUGCAGCUGGGACCGGUGAGCACGGUGAGGUCUCCGGGGUUUGGCCGAGGUGGUGCCCAUAGCCUGAGCCCUGAAGAGAACGAAUUCAUGGAGGAGCCAGUGUUGGUCCUGAGCCCUGAGGAGCCAGGGCCUGGCCCGGCCACCAUCAACUGCCCCCGAGACUGUGCCUGCUCCCAAGAAGGUGUUGUGGACUGUGGUGGCAUUGACCUGCGUGAGUUCCCGGGGGACCUGCCUGAGCACACCAACCAUCUGUCUCUGCAGAACAACCAGUUGGAGAAGAUCUACCCCCAGGAGCUCUCCAGAUUGCAUCGACUGGAAACUCUGAACCUCCAGAACAACCGUCUGACUUCCCGAGGGCUCCCGGAGGAGGCGUUUGAGCAUCUGACCAACCUCAACUACCUGUACUUGGCCAAUAACAAGCUGACGUUGGCACCCCGGUUCCUGCCAAACACCCUGAUCAGCGUGGACUUCGCUGCCAACUAUCUCACCAAGAUUUACGGGCUCACUUUUGGCCAGAAGCCAAACUUGAGGUCCGUGUACCUGCACAACAACAAGCUGGCGGAUGCCGGGCUGCCGGACAACAUGUUCAACGGCUCCAGCAACGUCGAGAUCCUCAUUCUGUCCAGCAACUUCCUGCGCCACGUGCCCAAGCACCUGCCACCUGCCCUCUAUAAGCUGCACCUCAAGAACAACAAGCUGGAGAAGAUCCCACCAGGUGCCUUCAGUGAGCUGAGCAAUCUGCGUGAACUGUACCUGCAGAACAAUUACCUGACUGACGAGGGUCUGGACAACGAAACCUUCUGGAAGCUGUCCAGCCUGGAGUACCUCGAUCUGUCCAGCAACAACCUGUCGCGGGUCCCGGCAGGGCUGCCGCGCAGCCUCGUGCUCCUGCACCUGGAGAAGAACGCCAUCCGGAGCGUGGACGCAGACGUGCUGACGCCCAUCCGCAGCCUCGAGUACCUGCUGCUGCACAGCAACCAGCUGCACGCGCGCGGCAUCCACCCGCGGGCCUUCCAGGGCCUUAAGCGGCUGCACACGGUGCACCUGUACAACAACGCUCUAGAGCGCGUGCCCAGCGGCCUGCCCCGGCGCGUGCGCACUCUCAUGAUCCUGCACAACCAGAUCACCGGCAUUGGCCGCGACGACUUCGCCACCACCUACUUCCUGGAGGAGCUCAACCUCAGCUACAACCGCAUCACCAGCCCACAGGUGCACCGAGAUGCCUUCCGCAAGCUGCGCCUGCUGCGCUCGCUGGACCUGUCCGGUAACCGGCUGCACACCUUGCCACCCGGGCUGCCGCGCAACGUGCACGUGCUGAAGGUCAAGCGCAAUGAACUGGCAGCCCUGGCGCGCGGAGCGCUGGCCGGCAUGGCCCAGCUGCGCGAGCUCUACCUCACCGGCAACCGGCUGCGCAGCCGCGCCCUGGGCCCCCGCUCCUGGGCCGACCUUGCCCACCUCCAGGUAAGGGGGAGGGGAGAGCGGCUGGGUCAUGCCCGCGUGAGGUGCUACUGGGAUGGCUGCCCGAGCCCACCCAUCUUCUGGGCCCAGCUGCUGGACAUCGCUGGGAAUCAGCUCACAGAGAUCCCUGAGGGGCUCCCUGAGUCACUCGAGUACCUGUACCUGCAGAACAACAAGAUUAGCACUGUGCCUGCCAAUGCCUUCGACUCCACGCCCAACCUCAAAGGCAUCUUUCUCAGGUUUAACAAGCUGGCCGUGGGCUCCGUGGUGGAAAGUGCCUUCCGGAGGCUGAAGCACCUGCAGGUCUUGGACAUAGAAGGCAACUUUGAGUUUGGUGACGUUUCCAAGGACCGGGGCCAGUUGGAGGAAGAGGAUGAGGAAGACGAGGAGGAGGAGGAUGAGGAGGAUGAGGAAAGGCGAUAGUGACGGGGUGAACCGGAUUUGACAUAGGACACCGGACCGCCAGACCCCUUUCUGCAGCACGUACCUGUGCCCUGUGAGCCCCACUCUGCCAUGCUCACAGACACACCGAGUGCCACCCUCACCAGCCACCCUGCACCCCACUGCCACAACACAGGCUGAACACACAGUCUCCCAUUCCCCCUUGUUCCUGUAGUGCCCCACGGCCAGACACGUGCAGGCAACAUGACACAGUCACACACUGCUGGCUGCACGGAGCAAGCCCACCAUACAGUUCCCCUCUCCAUCCCACGCCCUCCAUUGCCAUGCCCUUGGACUCCUGCAGACUCAGGGAAGGGUCUGACCCUGCCCUGGCACUCACGGGCGCCUGCUCCCUUCACCUUGGACCCGCAUGUGCACGCGUGCGUGCGCACACACACACACACACACACACACACACACACGAGUCCCAUGAAAACAGCCCUCUAUGGCCUAUGCCACCGACAUAUCUUGCCCCAGCCAGAACUGGCCAGAACAGCUUGCCACCUGCUCAUCCGUCUGUUCGUCCGUCCACUGGAGAAGACAGAGUUAUCUUGGUGCUCUCUGUGGCCAGGUGUCUGCCACCCUCUGGAACUCACAGAAGCUGACUUUUGUUCCUUUUCUUCCCUUUGGGGACAGGAACCUUUGGGACUGCUGCCCUGGCCUGCCUGCCCUGACUCCCAGCUGCCCAGGCAGCCACUCCCUGCCAGGCCCUGUCUCCCAUCAGGCAUGUCUGUGAUGGGAAACCCCAUUGAGGCCAGAGGGAAAGUCUCCUGGGGUUGCUGGGGCCUUGGGCAGAAGUCAGGCGGAAGAGCAGUGCCAGGCAAGGAGGAAGGGCCCAGCAGCCCUGAUGACAUACCUUUUUUAUUCUUUGGGCCUGUGGGAUGUUCUGGGUGCCUUGGGUUUUUAAAUUCUUUUUUAAGAAAAAAAAAAUGAUAAAAAACAAAACUGAUUUUUCUUGUUAUAGAAAAACUAAUAUAAAAGCAUUACCCCUUUCUGGCAGCCUA